AUGAUGCGGAAGGAGGACACCAAGGAAGUUCGCGUUCCGUUGAAACUGAUGCGCGACGCGGUCCGUGUCGCGAUGCAGCUCGCCGGCCAGAACACCACCGAUUUCGACAAAAAGACGCUGAAAAUGGUCUCGCCGCGACUGAUGUCGAUCCUGCCCGAGCAGGAGGACGACAGCUUGGUCAGUGCCUAAAAAAUGUAUUGGCUAGAAAUUUCAAAAUCUUUCAUCUCUUUUGCUGUAUUAGUGUGAGAAAAAGUCUUCUUAGGAACUGCAGAGUGGUCUCUAUAGGGGCCCCUCGAAGGUUCCUCUUUAGACGCCACUUUACUAACCUCUAUAGGGACCGCUAAAGCUUUUGAAAGUGGUUCCUUUACUUAGGAACUUCAGAUUGAUCCCUGAAGGGGCAACCGUAGGAGCCCUUGAAUAAGUGGCCCCUUUAGGGGACAUGCUGGUUGAUAAUUUUAUGAGCUCUAUGCGAAGAAGCAUUUCCAUGCAAAAAACUGAACAAAUAACCUUUUUUGAAUAAAAUUGAACGACCCCCAUAGGGACCACUAAGCUUUCGAGGCUAUGGGGUCAGACCCUCAACCCUUAUAGGGACCACUUUUUCGAUCCCUAAAGAAGCUGCUGUUCCGACUAACCCCUAUAGGAACCACUCCAAAAUUCCUAAGUACUGACCAUGAAAGCUUUCAGAAGUGGUCCCUAUAGGGGUUAAUUAGCGACCCGGUUUUUUUUUUGAAUGAAAAGGGUCAAACUAGGACAAAUCAACCAAAAGUCUUUUUUUAGUUUUUAAACUUAACAAAAAAUUCAAAGGCCCCUAAAUGGACCACUUGUUAUAUAGGGGCUUAGGGGACCCCUAUAGGGAUCACCUUAAUUUUAUCUCUAUAGGGACACGUUGAUGAUAGUCAGUUCUUUUUUAGACACCCUCUUUUGUUUGUAGUAAUUAGGAAAUUUUAGAAGUUUUUUUCCCAGAAAACUUAGCAAAAUCUGAAUCUCAGAUCAACCUCCUGUCGCCGUCGCUCUUCUCGCUGCAUGACGAAGGCCAGGGCCUCGAAAAGCUGCUGUCCCUGCCGCAGAUGCUCAAGUCGCUCGACAACCGCGACCAGGAGGCGUGGCUCGACUUCAUCGUCGAGGCUUCUGGAGUCUCCGACAACCUCGACAAGGCCGAAAAGACCAUCGCCGACAACAAGGACAAGGAGAUGCGCGGAGAAAAUGGCGUCCCCCUCUACUUCACCAAGGAGAACGCCACGGAAAUCAUCGGCGACGUCGAGAAGAAGAAGAUCGAAGUUUUCGAGGACCUCGACAAGUCUUACACUAAAGAGCAGGUGUUCGAGAAACUUCAAGAAAGAUAAUUCUGUUGGAUUUUAGAAAGACGAUCUCGACACCAAGGGCUACGCGUUCUUGGACAAGAAGCAGCUGAACACCGUCUACGGCAAGGGAAGUCCCUACGGUGACGUGAAGACGUUGAAAAAGUUCCGUCGGCUGAGGGACGAUCCGGAAAGAUUCAUCGAGACUGAGUAAGUGCUGGAGGGAUUUAAAGAGGGCAAAAAAAACUGAAAAACUACUUGAAAGACAAAAAUGCGCUGUUGAGGAUAUGAGUACAGACUUCUGAAUGACGUGACUUCCAGAGUUUGAGAAUUCUUUAAAGUUGAGAAUCCAGAAUCUUCCUCGGGUACAUUCAAAAAGAAUUUAUGGCCAAUUUUUGAGAAAAAAAAAGACUUUGCAUCUUUAAUAUUGUAUAUAGCCGAUCCAAGGCUAACUUGGAACGCUGAGGGGGCGUGGCGUGUCUGCGCCCUCCGUCAACCAGGCACUGUCUCUUUUUAUAUCGUGUCAGGACCCUUUUUUUAACGGCUCUAGCCAGCCGUUGUAGUUGAUGAAUUUCCACUUUUCGAAUCUACUCUUACACUGGUCAGGUCUCAGCGGGUGUGCCCGUUUUGAGCCCUUUGAGGAUUUUCGAGUCUCAGUUGGGCUAAAACAGGGCAGCAACGGGCGCAAGGAAAAUGGGUUAUUUCAAAAAAUGAGGCCUAUCUGUGUUAAAACGGUGCUCUGAUUAGUCAAAAAUUUCUUCAAGUGAACGGGCACAAAAAGGGCAUACGGGCUCACCCGCUGAGAUCUACACGGGCGGGUAUAGCUGAUUCACGGCUGACUUGAGCCAUCGAAAAAAGGGUCCUGACACGGUAAUGCACGAGAUAUCGGCUGGUUUGUGGAGAGCGCAGACAGGCCACGGCCCUUAGCGUCCCGAGUUAGUGGGGAAUCGGCUAUAGCCUCAUCAGCAAGACUUUGAAAAGUUUUAAAAGUUUUGAGUAAUGAGUAGUGUCAGAUAGGUCAUAUAAACCGUAAGAAAUAUCUUCGGUUACAGUAUCCGAGCGCUGGCCGAAGCGGAGAAGUUCAAGGCGCGCCGGCACGACAUCGUCGGCUCGCCCUUCGUCCUGACGCCGCUGACCUUCGCCUCGGCGCCGCUGACCAACACGUUUGUCGUCCUCUCGCCGAUCGUCCUGUCCCCGAUCACACUGUCACCGGCGGUCCUCGGACCCAUCAUCCUGUCUCCCUGGGUCUUCGUCCCUCUGGUCCUGUCCCCUCGUGUCUUGUCUCCACUCAUCCUCAACCCGCUCAUCUUCUCCCCGAUCAUCCUCUCGCCCCUGGUCCUCCAUCCACUGAUCCUGGUCCCGGGCAUCUUCAACCCUCUGAUUUUGUCGCCCCUGGUCCUGUCACCACUGAUCCUCUCGCCUCAGGUCUUCACCCCGCUGAUCCUCUCGCCGUUCGCUCUGAAUCCCUUGAUUCUGACGCCCAUGGUCGGCUCUCCACUCAUCCUUUCCCCCUUCGUACUCUCUCCGAUCAUUUUGUCGCCUCAGGCUCUUUUUGCAGUAGUCCUAUCGCCCUACGCGUUGUCUCCUUUGGUUGAGUCGAAGUUGAUCGCCGCUGAGGUCGUUUUGUCGCCCAGCUGGCUUUCAUAA